AUGGCAACCUACCACCUCACCAUCCACCAACUCCUCGAACGGCUCUCGCACGACGACGACAACGCUGCUCCUGCCGUUCAGUAUGACCAUCACGCCGAUACUACUUCUUCCUCUGAGGGAGUUGCCACUAAUAAGAGAGGAGGCAGCGGCAUGAACAAGCGAUCCGACUCGGUCAUCUCGUGGGGGAGUGAGAGCGAGAGCCGUGAGGCGGAGGAGAUUGAUUUCACUGGGUUCUUUGGUGCGAGACGAUGGUUGAAAUCCAGUCCUUGGGUUGAGACGAGAGCCGGGGAGGAAAAGAGGGAUGGAGCGCGCGGACACCGACCCCCUCGAAAACUCCACUUCCAAGGCACGCAACAAGGGAAACAUCUUGUUCUCGCCUCAGCCGAUGACACGGGCAUGGAUGGCACGGCGGAAACGAUAUGUAGCAAGGGGCCUCCCGGGAGUUUGACAAGGUCUGACAAGGCUGGGACUGGGUGGAGAUUCGGAUUCGGGCAUAUCGAGAACCCGUGUUUUCGCUAG